CCCGCCCGGAUGUGGCGGCUGCCCGGUUACCGAGGGGGGAGGGAGGCGUGUGUUUCCGGAAGACGUGGCGGCUGAUGUGGAUUUCGUGAAGCCGAUGAGCAUAAGCGGCCGCCAACAUGAUUUCCCUGACGGACUCGCAGAAAAUUGGCAUGGGAUUGACAGGCUUUGGCGUGUUUUUCCUGUUCUUUGGCAUGAUCCUGUUCUUUGAUAAAGCACUCCUUGCGAUAGGAAAUAUUUUAUUUGUGGCAGGUUUGUCCUUUGUCAUCGGAUUAGAAAGGACUUUCAGGUUCUUCUUCCAGAAACACAAAGUGAAAGCUACUGGUUUCUUUCUUGGUGGAAUUUUUGUAGUACUCAUUGGCUGGCCUGUUAUAGGCAUGGUACUUGAAAUUUAUGGAUUUUUUCUUUUAUUCAGGGGGUUCUUCCCGGUGGUGGUCGGUUUUAUUAGGCGAGUGCCUAUAUUAGGUUCCAUUCUGAAUUUACCUGGAAUAAGCUCAUUUGUAGAUAAAGUUGGAGAAAGCAACAGCAUGGUAUAACAGAAACUGGAUGAACAACUGCUGCAGAAGUAUGCUGUUUAAUAUAUUUAUAAGGUUCACCUAAGACAAACAUUUCUAAAUUUAUAUUUUACUUGUUAUCUGUCCAGGAAUAAAUAAAACUUGAUAGCAUUCUUUGUAUUAAAAUAUUUUGUUUAGAGCAGAAAACGGUAGCCAUUGCAAUUAAUUCCACUCAUUUUGACUCUCCUCUCCACCCAAAAUUUUAUAAAUGUCUCUUUACGGAGGGUGUUUAGCAUUACACUUCCUCCACCCAGAAGAGUAGGAGGGAUUUGGGCACCACCACUGCUAUCAGUAAUGCUCAGUGAUCAGCAGGAGGGAAGUUGAUAUUAAGCUGGGAGAAUUAUACCAAGCAAGACCAACCAGGAAAGAAUAUCUUGUUCCAUCCCUUUGAACCUCAUUCAACCAAAACAAGAAAUUCUGAAAAACUAUAAGGACUAUUGCAGUUUUUAUUGGCAAAUCAAGUAAUGGAAUACUCGAAAGGACGGAGCUUGACACAUUAAACAUGUAAACAUUUAUUGGCUGAUUACAUCUUUUGCAUAAAGUAAUUAGCAUACAUCUGUGAUUGUCUUGCCUCUCAUCACUUGGUUACUUCUUUUCACAUCAUUGUCUUGUGUUACACCAGUGAUUCCUGAUGCAGCAGGCUAGGUUAAUGGUGAGCUUUUCCAUUUGUGACUGUCUCAUUGGGCAGAAUUUUCAUACAAGUGAACACCUCUAGCUUAUGUAAUGGCAGAUGGUGCUUAUAGUAUUUAAGUUUUAUAAUGGUUAACUUUUCAAUUAUACAUUCUUUGAUGUUAAAAUGUUGUAAAUAAAUCUUUGAAUCAAAUAAUUAUCACUGUGUUUUUAAUGUAUCGUUUUCAUGUGGAUUCCCGGAACUAAAUAUUAAUGCGUGUCACUCAUCAGUGAAGUUUGAAAAGCCCUCUUGUUUAUCUACCAAUGGAAGAAAAUGGUUCAAUUUUUAAAUGCAAAAUAACAAAUAUUACUACUUCCAAUAGCAUUGGUGCUGUAGUUGACCAGAAGAGAAUUUUAUGACAGAAACCAAUAUUACUGAUCUUUUAGAAAUAGUGACUAUCUGAUUUAAUCUAUCAAACAAUAUUUAAUUUACAAGUACAAACAAGACAGCAAACUAUAUUGGUUCAUUGUCAGAAAGAAUGCAUGUUGACUAUGUAACUUUGGAAACCACCUGUAACAACAUCAUUGCUGGUGUAACCUCCAUGGCAUGAAGUACCACAUUGGGAUAUUUUGUUAACAAUUGUUCAUGGUUCAGCUUAAUUGGGUGCAUUAGCCACAGGGAACAAGUCAACUGUAAAUGUAAACAUGGGUAAAGUUCCAAAGGUUUUUAAUGCUGUGGGAAUAUAAUUGCAUAAUUCUGUGUAUCCCCCAAAACAUAACUGACAAUUCUAUUGUCUGAGUAUAUUGUAGGUAGAUUUUUUUGUAAUAUAUAUAUGGAAGCCACUAAACAUGUCAGAAUUGCAAUUCCUUUCAAGCUGCUGACAACCUUGAGCACAACUCAAUGCAUUGUGUAUCUUUUGUGAACAUGUCCAGAAUUUGGGUUUCUGUCAAGUUUCUAGGUUGCAGAAAGGAAAUAAAUAUGAAU